GGCAGGCGGUAGGUAGCAAAUAACAAGGGUUAUUUAUAAAUAGGAGAGAUGCUACGGGUUGAAUAUAAAAAUAUGGCUGUAUUCCAGCUGUACCCUCUGAAUCAUGAGGCGGGCGGCGUAUGGCCAAAAAGUCACUCGUCACUAUCUACUUUCUUUCUUUCUUGACUUCCUCCCCCCUUCCCCCUUCUAAGACAAGAGGGAAAUAUUAAUAGGAACAACAAAGAAGGAAAUAAAGAAAUCAAGAAAUAAACAAAAAGAAAAAAAAAAAAAAGAAAACAAUUUUUGCCUGUUCGAAUCACACGCUUAUUGCAACAUCUCUUCGAGAUAGAAGACCCAAAAGGUUUUACAAUGAGCUACCUGGAAAAGCGCGGGGUGACGGCGAUCAUCGACGACAUCACGCCAACUUCACUCGAAUCCAAAACCAGAUCGUUCUGGAUCACAAUGUUGCCUGCGUAUUUCCCAGACACGGACUACUCGAUCGAGGCCGAGCCGUAUCUUGAAAAUAAGACCGGCGUUGCAAAUGGAGACUUGCUGUUUAUCGAAAGCAAACGGGCCAAUGUGGACAAGCCAAGCGUUUGGGAAGAAACAGAAAGGGGACAGCUGCUCAACCAUGUGAAAGCCAACCGUAAUGCGAACGAUUGUGCCUAUGGGGCAAUUGCCAUUGGUCGCAAAGUCAAGUUCUACUUUUACAACGGGAAGGAGCUACUGUUCCUAUAUGGGCCAUACUCGAUAGAGGUUCGCUCUGAUGCCGAGGCUAUUGUCAAAGUGUUUGACGAGAUCAAAACUCACCCUCGUACCGGUUACACAAAUUAG